AUGGAGUGGAGAGCAAACCUAGCUAGACAGAGAGAGAAAGAGGUGGAGUGGGUUCCAAGACACAAUGAUUACAUGAGUGAAAAGGAGAGAGAUAUGUGUGGACUUAAAGAAGAAGAUCAAGGAGAGUGUUCUCAGACCAUCCAUAACCUACAAAGCUACCAAGAGCAGCUACUUCUACAAUAUCACCAACAAAUGCAACAGCACCAACAACAGCAAAACAGUGAUAUGUAUGGAGGAGCUAGAGGAUCAGGAUUGAUUUUCCCUGAAGUUUCACCAAUCUUACCAUGGCCUCUCUCUCCAGUUAACUCUUUUAACCCAGCCCACUUCAAUUCAAAUCACCCAGCUCGUGACCAUGACCCAUUUCUUGUCCCUCCUCCUGUACCAUCCUCAUAUGGUGGUUUAUUCAAUAGAAGAGCUCCAGCCCUUCAGUUUGCUUAUGAUGGUACAUCAAGUGAUCAUCUUAGGAUCAUAUCUGACACUCUUGGACCAGUGGUUCAACCCGGUUCAGCUCCUUUCGGGUUGCAAGCUGAGUUGAGCAAGAUGACUGCUCAAGAAAUCAUGGAUGCUAAGGCUCUCGCUGCUUCUAAGAGUCACAGUGAGGCUGAGAGAAGAAGAAGGGAGAGAAUCAACAAUCACCUUGCUAAGCUACGCAGUUUACUACCCAGCACUACCAAAGUAAGUAUCAAGUAUCAGAGUAGAUCAUCAUCAAAUUUUGAAAACCUACACAAAAAUUAUAACUAG